GGCCCGGGGGUGGGGGGGGAGCCGAAAGAGGGGCGUUUUGUUAUAAGGAGCAGUAGCAGCAGCAGCAGGAGAAGAUGCUGAGAAUGCGGACUAUGGGCUUGGCGCGCGGCUGGUGCUGCUGGUGCCUGUGCUGUUUCCUCCUGCCGGUGGUCUCGGUCACCCUGGCCGCCGCCAAGCAGCUGCUGAGGUACCGGCUGGCGGAGGAAGGACCGGCGGACGUCCGCAUCGGGAACGUGGCCUCCGACCUGGGCAUCGUGACGGGCUCGGGAGAGGUGACUUUCAGUCUGGAGUCGGGCUCCGAGUACCUGAAGAUCGACAACAUGACGGGGGAGCUGAGCACCAGCGAGCGCCGCAUCGACCGCGAGAAGCUGCCCCAGUGCCAGAUGAUCUUCGACGAGAACGAGUGCUUCCUGGACUUCGAGGUGUCCGUGAUCGGCCCCUCUCAGAGCUGGGUGGACCUCUUCGAGGGCCGGGUCAUCGUGCUGGACAUCAACGACAACACCCCCACCUUCCCGUCGCCCGUGCUCACCCUCACGGUGGAGGAGAACCGGCCCGUGGGCACCCUCUACCUGCUCCCCACCGCCACGGACCGAGACUUCGGCCGCAACGGCAUCGAGCGCUACGAGCUGCUCCAGGAGCCCGGGGGCGGCGGCGGCGGCGGCGGCGGCGGGGGCGAGGGCCGCCGCGGAGGGGCGAGCGAGAGCGCCCCCCACCCCGGGGGCGGCGGCGGCGGGGGCCCGGGCAGCUCCAAGCGGCGGCCGGAGGCGGCCGAGGGCGGCGGCGGGGGCGGCGCGCCGGGCGCCGGGGGCCGCAGCACCGUCUUCGAGCUGCAGGUGGCCGACACGCCGGACGGCGAGAAGCAGCCGCAGCUGAUCGUCAAGGGGGCGCUGGACAGGGAGCAGCGGGACUCGUACGAGCUGACCCUGAGGGUGCGGGACGGGGGCGAGCCGCCGCGCUCCUCCCAAGCCAUCCUGCGGGUGCUCAUCACCGACGUGAACGACAACAGCCCCCGCUUCGAGAAGAGCGUGUACGAGGCCGACCUGGCGGAGAACAGCACGCCCGGCACCCCGAUCCUGCAGCUCCGCGCCGCCGACCUGGACGUGGGGGUGAACGGGCAGAUCGAGUACGUGUUCGGGGCGGCCACGGAGAACGUGAGGCGGCUGCUGCGGCUGGACGAGACCACCGGCUGGCUCAGCGUGCUGCACCGCAUCGACCGCGAGGAGGUGAACCAGCUCCGCUUCAGCGUCACGGCCCGGGACCGGGGGCAGCCCCCCAAGACCGACAAGGCCACGGUGGUGCUCAACAUCAAGGACGAGAACGACAACGUGCCGUCCAUCGAGAUCCGCAAAAUCGGGCGCAUCCCGCUCAAGGACGGCGUGGCCAACGUGGCCGAGGACGUGCUGGUCGACACCCCCAUCGCCCUGGUGCAGGUGUCCGACCGAGACCAGGGCGAGAACGGCGUGGUCACCUGCACCGUGGUGGGGGACGUGCCCUUCCAGCUGAAGCCGGCCAGCGACACGGAGGGGGACCAGAACAAGAAAAAGUACUUCCUGCACACUUCGGCCCCCCUGGACUACGAGAGCACCCGCGAGUACAACGUGGUCAUCGUGGCCGUGGACUCGGGCAGCCCCAGCCUCUCGAGCAACAACUCCCUGGUGGUCAAGGUCGGCGACACCAACGACAACCCCCCGGUGUUCGACCAGUCGGUGGUCGAGGUCUAUUUCCCCGAGAACAACGUUCCCGGGGAGAGGGUGGCCACGGUGGCGGCCACGGACGCGGACAGCGGCAAGAACGCGGAGAUCGCCUACUCCCUGGAGCCCUCGGUGCUGGGCAUCUUUGCCAUCGACCCCGACUCCGGGGACAUCCUGGUCAACACCGUGCUGGACCGGGAGCAGACCGACAGGUACGAGUUCAAAGUGACGGCCCGAGACAAAGGCGUCCCGGUCCUGCAGGGCAGCACCACCGUGAUAGUGCAGGUGGCCGACAAGAACGACAACGACCCCAAGUUCAUGCAGGACGUGUUCACCUUUUACGUGAAAGAAAACCUGCAGCCCAACAGCCCGGUGGGGAUGGUCACCGUCAUGGACGCCGACAAAGGGCGAAACGCCGAGAUGAGCCUGUACAUAGAGGAGGACGGUAACAUUUUUUCCAUCGAAAACGACACGGGCACCAUUUACUCCACCACCGCCUUCGACCGGGAGCAUCAGACCACUUACACCUUCAAAGUGAAGGCCGUGGACGGAGGGGACCCUCCCAGGUCGGCCACAGCCACCGUCUCCCUUUUUGUCAUGGACGAGAACGACAACGCUCCCACCGUCACCUUUCCCAGCAACGUCUCCUACACCUUACUGCCGCCCUCGAGUAACGUCAGGACCGUGGUGGCCACCGUGCUGGCCACCGACAGCGACACCGGGGUCAACGCGGACCUGAACUUUAGUAUCGUGGGAGGGAAUCCCUUCAAGCUGUUCGAGAUCGACGCCACCAGCGGGGUGGUGUCCCUAGUGGGGAAGCUGGCCCAGAAGCAUUACGGCUUGCACAGGUUAGUGGUCCAGGUCAACGACAGCGGGCAGCCUUCCCAAUCCACCACGACUCUGGUGCACGUCUUUGUCAACGAGAGCGUCUCCAACGCCACCGUGGUGGACUCCCAGAUCACCCGAAGCCUGCACACCCCGUUAACUCAAGAUAUCGCCGGGGACCCCAGCUACGAGAUCAGCAAGCAGAGGCUGAGCAUCGUGAUCGGGGUCGUUGCCGGGAUCAUGACGGUGAUCCUGAUCAUCUUGAUCGUAGUGAUGGCGAGGUACUGCCGGUCCAAGAAUAAGAAUGGGUACGAGGCGGGCAAGAAGGACCACGAGGACUUUUUUACCCCCCAGCAGCACGACAAAUCUAAAAAGCCCAAAAAGGACAAGAAAAAUAAGAAAUCCAAGCAGCCUCUCUACAGCAGCAUUGUGACAGUCGAGGCUUCUAAACCAAACGGACAGAGGUAUGACAGCGUCAACGAGAAGCUCUCCGACAGCCCCAGCAUGGGACGCUACCGGUCGGUCAACGGAGGCCCGGGGAGUCCCGACCUGGCAAGGCAUUACAAAUCCAGUUCUCCGCUGCCUACCGUCCAGCUCCAUCCUCAGUCGCCCACGGCGGGGAAAAAACACCAGGCCGUCCAAGAUCUGCCGCCAGCUAACACUUUUGUGGGAGCAGGGGACAACAUUUCAAUCGGAUCAGAUCACUGUUCUGAGUACAGCUGUCAGACCAAUAGCAAGUACAGCAAACAGCCAUUUCGUAGAGUGACGUUUUCUGUUGUGAGUCAGCCUCAGGACCCACAUCAGGGGUCAUUGCAGAGUUGCUAUGACAGCGGGCUGGAGGAGUCCGAAACACCAAGCAGUAAGAGUUCAUCAGGGCCAAGACUGGGUGCCCUUCCACUCCCAGAGGACAACUAUGAGAGGACUACGCCGGAUGGCAGUGUUGGUGAGGCAGAGCAUAUGGAAAAUGACUCAAGGCCUCUGCCAGAUGUAGCCCUGACAGGGAAGUGCACCCGAGAGUGUGAUGAAUAUGGUCACUCAGACUCCUGCUGGAUGCCAGUCCGUACUUCACCUGAAAGGAAGCAGAAAAGCCAGCCAAAACUCUCCACAUUCAUGCCCGUCGAUGAACGGGGCAGCCAGGAAAAGCUGGCCAACGGAGAAGCCUCUCUCAUGGGUGACCGCAACAGAAACCUCCUUAACAAAAAGUUGACCUCAUCCUAUGAGACCUUCAGUGCAGCUAAUUUCAGCAAAAAUGAGGAAGCCAACCCAGAGGAUAUUCCCCUGACGAAGACGGGGGAAUACAAGCCAUCUCCUGUCAACACUCUCACUAGAAGAGAAGUUUACCUGUAGGCUUUCAGAAGCAACAAUAAGGUUCUUUCAUAUAAGAGAAAGAAAAAGGGGCAAACCUUAAAAAAAAUCAAAACAAUUUAACUCAAAAAAUUAAAAAAGGGGGGCUACCAAAGAGACAAAGCUGGCCUGCCACUUCUGCCUCCACAUCAGGCACUUAAUUAUACCGUUUGCCUGAUGAUGAUGUACAAUGUAGAAACCAUUGUUGUUACUUGCAUGUCUAAUCCCCUCACCGAUUCCUCCUUCCCCCCCAAAAAAAAUUGAUGGUUGCAAGUUUCGUUCAUGGUAAUAAGCCUGAUUAGCAGAACACAGCACACUGUCUUUAUCCCAAAUGCUGAAGCAUGACUUUAAUCAUUUUGAUUAGUUUGAUUGUCAUCUGACUGAUUGAGAAUAACAGGUCAGAAGAAAAAAAAAAAAAGUAUCCUCCAAACGACACCAUCAGAACAUGGUCGAUCCCCGUUAGAACAAUUUGCCUCAAACCUUCCAAAUUCUAGGUCCAGUUACUAAAAAGGUCUAACCGUUACUAAGCACUUUCUGAAGACCACAGCUUUAAUAUUCUCACCCGAGGCUGGCAACCGAAAAAUCACUUGCAGCCGGAGACUGCAGUCUAAAACAUGGUAUAUUCCCUAUCAAAUAAUUAACUCUGAGGUCAAUUCCAUUCAUAGACAGGAUGUUCUCUCUAUAUGCAUAAUUAAUUACAGUUUGCAGAAACAGAUUAGCAUCCCAUGCAUCACACUAAAGAUCACCUGUUGAACUUACAUUUUCUUUGGACAAGACCAACAUUAGCACCUAUCUGGGACAAUUUCAGUCAUUUAAAGGCCAAAGAUCAUACAGUGGAUCAGGGGAAUUACAAACAAAAUGUUUUUGGUCUUGACUUAGAACUCCAUCACACCCACAAAAAGUUAUAUGCAUACAUAACAGAUAGAUUUCAUUUUGCAUAGCAGCCGAGUCACUUAGUCCAGAAAAGAAUUUUUUAAGCGAAUUUUAGUUGAAAUCCUCAAAAGGAGCUUGUCAGCAUAAUUGCUGACGCCAUAAGAGGCAAUGCAGGUCCUGUGCUAGUUCUGGGUAAUAUUAUCAGGGAAGAUAACAUUUUUCAAAGUCAUAGAAAUUAUGGGUAAUGGGUUGGGGGAGGAGGGAGGUGUACAGAAAGAUGAUUUAUUGGCAUAAGCAUCUUGCGAAUUAAGUCCAAUAUCAUCUUCCCCAUCCCCUCCCACCAUCACCUCCAGAAUCCAGGGUAGGCUUACUGGACUUUACAUCCACCUUACAGAUUAUCCGUUGCUUUGGUCAAUGGUCCAAUGCCAAUAUUCUUCAAACAAAAGUGCAUUAAACCUGAGUCCUGUGUAAUAUGGAAUGUCAAGACUCAUAGCUUUUGAGGAAGGUGACAAAGUCUGAUUGACUUUAGCACCCAUCCGAUACUUACACAGCCACUCAAGACAAAUUACAAAGCAUUCCAAACUAAACACGAAAGAAAGGAGUUCUGGGCUGUGACAUUUCUCACAGGACGCACAUCUUAAAGAAAGACGGAACAGAUACAGGUUUUGUGUGCAAUAAAAAGUAACAGAGUGCAGAACUUGAGCCAUCUGCUCUGUAGAUGAAGAUUUAGGACAGUUUAAAAUGGAGCUGGGACAUUCACAUGAAAUCGACAAUCAGCAAAACGGGGAAUAACACGGGAAGAGAACAAACAUUCAAAUCUCUGAAUAGCUAUAGCCCGGUGUAAAGGGAUGGCUAGGCUAUAUGGCUUUCUAGCAAAUUGUAGUCCCAAUGUAGUUCUGCCUAGUUUCUUGCUUCGUGAAACUACUCAGACUAUAAAGUUAAGCAGCCUGGAAUAGCAACAGUUCAGUACAAGUCAUCGAAAUGUUUAUCUCUGAAAACUACUUCUCCUCUUUUGGGUCGUGGGGAAGGGGAGGGAAUAGGGAGGGAGGGGACUUAGGGCCAUUCCAUUUUGCUCUUUCCAGCGUUAAGGUUUUUGUUUCGGUGUUAGUUUGUGUACAGUAGUUAGGAUGAAUGGGGACAUGGACUUGAGGGACAAAUAAGACUAAAAUAUUAAUAAUUGAACAUUUUUAUGUUUGAUUAUUAUUUACAUUAUGGAAAGAUGAAGUUCUAGUACUUUGAUAGGAAACUGCAUUAAAGCAGUACUGCCUUGUAUAAUCUGUAAGUACCUAUUAAGAAAAAUGCUUCUAAAGAUACUUAUGUAAUAAUGUAUACAUAUUUUUCUUGCACGUUUCAACAGAAUACUCAAUUGCAUAACACAGAUGUUCAAAAAUAUUUUUUUUGCUUCAAUAGGAUUUUUCUUUCUUGGAAGAGACACUUGAAAACCUCUAGGUAGCUUGUUUCAAUAUGUCUUUAAACCCUUUUGUCUACAAAGCUAAUAUGGGUCACACUGGACCUUCAGAUUAAUUGGAUCAGCAGUCACUCACCGAUGUUUGCACCGUAUCAAAAUUGGUCAUGUCAUUAAGUCAUCUAACUUGUGAGAAUCUCCUUAGAACUAAAAUGGGUGUGAAAGAAUACAAUUAAGUGUACUGUAAGUAUUCACAGCAGUUCCAGUAGAACUAGCAAUCAUAACAUGUUUAUUACUAUUAUGAGCCGGCAUGACACAGAAAUAUAUUUUGUGUUUGUAUUUUUUUUAAUUUUGAAUAGGCUAAAUCUGGUGCCACUCCACAUAUAGAGUGCUUUUUAAAAAAACAAAAACAAACAAAAAAAUAAAUUCAAAGAGUGAAUGCAAAAUAUGCAAUUGUGCCUUUUCUACCUGUCGUUACGGUUAACGUGGUGGUUGGGUUUGGACACUGAGGGGUAAUGGGCUAUUCCCAACUUUUUUGAACCUGUAUAUUUAUCCAUGUUUAUUUUCUGAGAAAUGAUAAAUAAUAUAUUAAAAAGAAUUUGCCUUCUGCCAAACUCAGAUAAUGGCCCAGUCUUAAGUAUCUUUCAUUCUUAAAACAAGCUUGAAUGGGCUGCCCACGAGAUAUCAGAAGGGAACUAUAGCAUAUAUUGCGGUAGCAACCCAGGCUGGCUUCUGCCACACGUGUUCAGUCCAUUCUACAAAAAGAAACGAUUUCAGAUUUUGUUGUUGUUGUUUUUAGCUACCAUUCCAUUUUGGUUGUACAGUAUAUAAUAAAUUGAUUAUUUUCUGUACGCAGGAAACCCAAAUGAACUUUGCAUGCAUUUUACAUUAGGACACGUUUAUAGAUUGAUGCAUAAUUAUAUAACUUUAUAUAUGUAUUAACGUCUGUAACUUCGAUCAGAAAUCUGAUGUUCAUUCUGGAUCUCAAGUGACGAUAUAUUUAUUCGAUAUAGUUUCUGACUGGCCUGCUGCCUGAGUUUCAAAAAACAGGGGAGGCAUUAUUUUUAUGUGGGAAGGAAUUAAAAUGGAGCUAAAGAUGUCUGGCUGAAAGAUUACCCUAGGAAGAUGUUCUGUAGGAAAACAUGCACACACGCAUAUGCACAGACACCCCAAGAAGCUGCCGUAAAAUGGGCAGCUAUCUUAAAACUAUCAUGGGAAAUUGGAACAAAAUUGUUCUACUUAAUGUAGAAUCGGUGAUAAAUAUACAGUGUGUCCCUAAGAAAAGGAGAAGAGAAAAUGGACUUGAAAGUAGCAAAGCAUUUCAGUUGUGUCCCUGGCAAAGGUAUCAAACAUCUGGAAGAAGGCAUCAUUUCCCACCUACCUGGGGUACACUUUCAGACAACUUUUCCUAAAUUUUAAAGCACUUGCAUUCAGUGUGGUACGCUCUGUUUGUAAUAUUAAUCAUUGACUAUUGUUCUGCAACUUGGAUGUUGAUAGUGAAGCAGAGAACAAUUUAUCAUCGUUUAUUAUGAGUCACUAUGCACGCAACUAUGCUAAACAUGCAAAAUGUAUUAAACGCUAGUCCAACUCUAUUUAUGAAAUAUUUUACAUAAUUUAAUUUGCUUUUGUACAGUUUUAUGUAAAUAAAUUGCUUGUCAUUUUUGUCUCUGCAAAUUAAAAUAUAACAUGUUCAAAUGGU